CAAGAGGAGGGAAAGAGGGCGGAGCCUCGAGCCACUUGGGAGCCCUCCCGAAAGUUUCCUGAAGAAAGAAAAAAAAAAGGGAAAGAGCGAGCAGCGGGAGAGAAGGAAGAAGAGGAAGAGAAAAAGAGGAGGAGAAGGAGGAGGAGGGCUGGGAGGGAUUCUCCAACGAGGAAACGGCCAGUCCGGAAACGGAGCCAGGAGUGUUUCCCUCGGGCUGAUUCACAUCCUUGGCCUUUCCUCCAGCAUCAAGGCAGAGGAGGAGCCUCUCCUGGCCCCGGGGCGCUUUCUAGGGAAGGGGUUCGGCGCCCUGCCGCCGCGCCUGGCUCCUGCGCCUCUUCCGCUCCCUUCUUGCAAACUUUUCCCCCAGUUUUUGGACUUGCUUCUCGCCCUCCCGCCUUCCCACUUUCCUCCUGCUCCUCCGCCUCAUGGGAGCCCCAGGGCUGGGCCAUGGCGCUGAGCAAGGGGCUGCUGAGGCUGCUCUGGAAGCAGGAGCCCGUGGGCAGCGCCCUGCUCGAGGCCCGCGGGAGACGCGACUGCCUCCUCCUGGAAGCCGGCACCAUGGCCACCCUCGCUCCUGAAGAAAAAGAAGAAAUCAAAGGGCAAUAUGAGAAGCUCAUGGAUGCUUAUGGAUGCCUAGGAGAAUUUCAGUUAAAAUCUGGCAACAACACUUUGCAUUUCCUGGUCCUUGUGACAGGCUGUACAUCAGUGGGGAAAAUCCUUGAUGCUGAGGUUUACAGGAUCACGGCAAUAGAAAUCUGUCCUCUCCAGGAAGAAACGAAGGAAGACGAUCGUGUUUCUGCCCUGAAGAAAAUUUUAAAUUCCGGGGUGUUCUUCUUCUCUUGGCCGAAUACAGGAUCAAACUUUGAUCUUACUGUCCGAGCCCAGAAGCAGGGCGACAGCAACUAUCAAACUGGAAACCCCUUCUUCUGGAACCAACUGCUGCAUGUCCCUUUCAAACACUACCAGGUGAAUUGCUCUGAUUGGCUGCUAAAAGUGAUCUGUGGCGUGGUAGACAUUCGCACUCUGUAUGCCUCCCAUAAGAAGGCAAAAGUCUGCCUCAUUUCCCGGAUCAGCUGUGAACGAGCUGGUGCCCGAUUUCUCAUUCGAGGAGUCAGUGAUGACGGGCACGUUUCUAACUUUGUGGAGACGGAACAGGCAAUUUAUUUGGACAAGGACGUUUCAUCCUUCAUUCAGAUUAGAGGUUCAGUUCCAUUAUUUUGGGAGCAACCUGGACUGCAGGUUGGUUCCCAUCACCUGAAACUUACCAGAGGCCUGGAAGCUAAUGCUCCUGCUUUUGACAAGCAUAUGGUGCUUCUGAAAGAACAAUAUGGUAAGCAAGUGAUUGUUAAUCUGCUUGGAAGCAAAGGUGGAGAGGAUGUGCUCAACAGGGCUUUCAAGAAGUUGCUCUGGGCAUCAUCCCAUGCAGCUGACACACCCAUGAUUAACUUUGAUUACCAUCAGUUUGCAAAAGGUGGGAAAAUGGAGAAGCUGGAGAAUUUGCUGGGGCCUCAACUAAAGUUGCAUUGGGAAGAAUUUGGCGUCUUCACAAAAGGCGAGAAUGCAAGUUCCCGCCAACAGAUGGGAACCUUGCGAACGAAUUGCCUGGAUUGCCUGGGUCGAACUAACACUGUCCAGUCCUUCAUAGCCCUUGAGGUCCUGCUUACUCAGUUAGGGAGCCUGGGUUUAAACUCCAAGCCUAUAGUUGAACGUUUUCUGGAGUCAUAUAAGGCAAUGUGGACUCACAAUGGACACAACCUGAGUAGGAUUUUUACAGGCAGCCGUGCAAAGGAAAGAAAAGCUAAGGUUGGGAAACUCAAGGAUGGUGCCCGUUCAAUGUCACGAACCAUUCAGUCAAACUUUUUUGAUGGGGUGAAACAGGAAGCCAUUGACUUACUGCUUACAGGUGAUUUCUACAGUGAAGAAUAUGCAGAUAAAGAGAGAAUGCUCUUGGACCACACAGCAUGGCUGAUGACUCCUAGCAUUUUGAAAUCAAUGUCAGAGCGUCAAUUUGAAUUCACUAAUUUCAAGAGAAUCCGUGUUGCCAUGGGGACCUGGAAUGUAAAUGGAGGAAAACAGUUUAAGAGCAAUAUCCUUGGAACCAGUGAAUUAACGGACUGGUUGCUGGAUUCCCCUAAACUCUCUGGAGUCUCAGAAUUUCAAGAUGACCAUUGUCCAGCUGACAUAUUUGCUGUGGGAUUUGAGGAGAUGGUGGAAUUAAAUGCUGGGAAUAUUGUGAAUGCUAGCACAACUAAUAGGAAGAUGUGGGGUGAACAGCUUCAGAAAGCUCUUUCGAGGACACACCGAUACAUUUUAUUGACAUCAGCACAACUUGUUGGUGUUUGCCUUUUUAUCUUUGUACGACCUUUCCAUGUUCCCUUCAUCAGGGAUGUUGCACUGGACACUGUGAAGACUGGUAUGGGAGGGAAAACUGGUAAUAAAGGAGCAGUUGCCAUCCGUUUCCAGUUCUAUAGCACCAGUUUAUGCUUUAUAUGCAGUCACCUGACAGCUGGUCAAUCUCAGGUGAAAGAACGGAAUGAGGACUAUAAAGAAAUUACUCAGAAGCUGAGUUUUCCCAUGGGAAGAAAUAUGUUUUCUCAUGAUUAUGUGUUCUGGUGUGGUGACUUUAACUAUCGCAUUGACUUGAGUUAUGAAGAAGUAUUUUAUUUUCUCAAACGGCAAGACUGGACAACACUCCUGGAAUUUGACCAACUGCAGCAGCAGAAAUCCAAUGGAAAAAUUUUUAGGGAUUUUCAUGAAGGAACUAUAAACUUUGGGCCAACAUACAAGUAUGAUGUUGGUUCAGAGGCUUAUGAUACCAGUGAUAAAUGUAGAACUCCAGCCUGGACUGACAGGGUUCUUUGGUGGAGGAAGAAACUCCCUAUUGAUAAAACAGCAGGAGAAAUCAAUCUUUUUGACACUGAUCUCAGUGCUGAAACCAAAAUCAGGCCUAUCUGGUCUCCUGGUGCCUUGAUGUAUUAUGGAAGAGCUGAACUACAGGCCAGUGACCACAGGCCUGUUCUAGCUAUUGUGGAAGUGGAAGUCCAAGAGGUUGAUGAGGUGGCUCGGGAGAGGAUAUUCCAGGAAGUGUCAUCUAUCCAAGGUCCUUUAGAUGCCACUGUAGUGGUGACACUGCUGGAACCAUCCCCUGAAGAGAAAGAUGAAUUUCCCGAAGACCUGCGGACUGAGCUUAUGCAGAUCUUUGAGACCUACGGCAUUGUCGUCCUUGUCAGAAUCAAUGGAGGUCAGAUGUUGGUUACAUUUGCAGAAAGCAGGUCUGCUCUUCAAGUUCUUGAUGUAGAUGGUGUCAAGAUUAAAGACAAGACUGUGAAGAUUUGGCCUAAAACCAAGGACUGGCUGAAGGGCCUGCAGGAGGAGAUCACCAGGAAGCGAGACAGCAUGGCUCCCAUGUCACCCACAGCAAAUUCCUGUCUACUGGAGGAAAAUUUUGACUUUUCAAGUUUAGAUUAUGAAUCAGAAGGUGAUAUCCUAGAUGAUGAAGACGAUUAUUUGGAUGACAUGGUGCAUCAGUAUCCUUCUGCAGGAGACAUGGCUUCAAUAGUGGACGAUUUGCAAGAUGGACCUGAUUGUGUGACGCAUGCAAACAAAUCUUAUCCUUCUGGGAGAAAGCUGCAUAAAGAUGAUGCUGACCUGGGAGAACUAAAACAAGAGCUAGAAGGAAGUGGGGAGUUUCGCCGAAACUCUCCAAGCAGGUCUCUUUCUGUCCCUGGUCGGCCUCGGCAGCCUCAGCCACCACAGCGACCCCCUCCUCCAACUGUUAAGAAAUCCUCAUCAGAUGGCUUGAUCUCCUCCAGUGGCGCAAACUCCCUCCCCUCCAUCUUGCAGACAGCAAAGCUCCUUCCAGGGGCACCACAGCAGCCACCAAAAUCACGAACUGGAAUCAGUAAACCUUAUAAUGUCAAACAAAUCAAAACAACUACUCCUGAGGAAGCAGAGGAAGCCAUUCGAUGUCUGAUGCAAGCAAAAGGAGUAACACCAGAGGAAACUGUGGCACCUGUUCAAAGAGCUCAGAGUGCCACAAAACCUGACACCGUCCCCAGCAAUUCAAAAACAGCCCCGCUUCACAGUCUGCCAUCUGCCCAGUCGCUCAUACCUCAGCGUCCUCCACCCAAAAUUCCAGCUAUGAAGAAACCGGUACCCUUGCAAAGAAUGGGAGGGAGGCCUGGAUGUGUAAGUGUUGGGCCUUCAUCUCCAGAAGAGACAUGUGAGCAGUCAAUAGCCCACCAGUCCUUCGUAUUGCCAGAAUCGCAUGUUGAAGCCAGUGUCCUUACUAGUCCAACAAGGGUAGUUCCUGUCCCUAAACCGAGAACAAUUCCCCCUAACAAAGCUCUGGAGAGGAGGAGCAGUGAAAGGCAGCCGGCUGCAUUCUGCCUUUUAGAGGAAAGUUCUCCAAUUCCUUCGCAGACCUUCACAGACACUCCAUCAAUUCCACCAAGGAGGAAGAAAUCUGCUCCCCCGGAUUUUCAUCUGCAGGUACUCCAGAGCAGCAACAGCCUAUUUCUUAAGGGUUUGACAUUUAAUUCCAACAACAGCAGCUCAUCAGAGUAUUACUGUAAAAAUCAAGAUUUUGACGCACUCCCACUCUCUCCCAGUGCUUCUCCUGUUCCUGCAACAGCAGUCGCACCCUGUCCAGUCAACAAUGGUUCCAAGAUGUUGAAGCCACACACUUCAGGGUUAGUUGGCAGUCAGCAUGUCCCCCCAACCACGCAGCAACUUUCAGACAGUGAUUGUUUUAUGAGAAAUACCAAUCUGCUAGACCUAGAAGUUGACUUUGCUGUUUAUCAGCCUUUGACAGACAGCCCCAGCCAUGAUCCAAAAGACUUGAAACUAUCCAGUUCAAGAGAUUUCAGCCACUGGGUUACAUUUGGAGAAGAUGGCAACAGUGACGCUGGGUCCCAAGGACCAAAUGAACUACUUUCCAUCACGCAAACCCAGAACUCCAGUGUAGACACAAACUCGGUUUCAAAAUUAUGAGCAUGUUUUCCUGCUUUUUCAGCAUAACAACAGCAACAACAAUAGUAAUAAUGAAACAAGAUUUUUGUCAUACAAUUUAGUUUACUUUCAGAGACAAGAUGCACACAAAUGUUAUGGUACUAUAUGCUCCUCCUCUCUGUGAAUUCUGAUUUAAUUCCUGUGGUAAAAUCAGUGGCAGUACCUGCUACUGCAACAAUUAUUUCUCAUUUGCACGUUGCUUACAUGCUGUGCCUGAGGUUCCAGCUCCUUUGCCAGGAAAAUAGUGCAGAAAAUUCUGUAUUUUGUUGAAGAGCCUAGACGAGAUGGUCUGUUGCGACUCUUUUGUCUGAAGACAUAUUCUGGAAAAGAACUCUAUUAAGCUAAAUGCGAUUUAAUUGUGGUAAACAUGUUUUGAUUCAAUUUACAUAUCCGAGAUCCUGCCUGCCCUUUUCUUUUUAUGCUUGUUCGUGUCUGUGUGGUGUGGGAAGAAGUUUUAAACAAAUGGGCUCAGUCCAGCAAGCUCUGUGCAAUACAUCAAUUCCUGCAAGGGAUAACAUUUUCUGAUUGUGCCUGGAGAUUACAGUAUGUAAGAUGGUGGGUGUAAAAGUGAUUUUUCCAAGUCAUUCUUGGCUACUUUACAAGUGUAGCAAGGGUAGUCAUAGGAUUGAGGAAGGCUAUCCUUCUAGAAGACCUGAGUAGCCUAAUGAACAGAAAACUGUAUUUCAGAGCACAUUGAUUAUAAGAUGUUACUGUAAUAUCCUAUCAUUGUGCCCUGUGGUCAUAGUUCCACUUGUGCUUUGAAUUAAGAGCACAACACAGUCUUCUUCUUCUUCUUCUUUUUUGAAAAACUGUGAAAAUGUUUUUGAAACACAGGGGAAUGUUCUCCAUUCUCUCUAAAGUGUAUUUGGGGAUAUUCAAGAGUGAAAAAAAAAUGCCCUGGAGAUGAUAAAAUGACUUUGGGAGCUGAUGUUGCUUACAUGCCACUCUUUGCUAUAGAAAAAGAUAAUAUGCUUAGAAAAUGUCACAUGGAGAUAUUAAAGUGGCCUCUGUAGCAAAGAAUAGGCCCAAUAUUAAAAGCACGACCGGGUUAUUUCACAGUCAGUAGGAUCAUUGGGGAAACAAAUGGAAAAUGUAGUGUGAACAUUAUAUGGAGUGAAAAGAGUGCUAUGCACACUAAUUAAAUAAGAAAGAAACUUGGAAUACUUUACAAGGAAAUCACACAGUGAAGUUAUAAAACCUAAGACUGAUAAUUUAUUAAUGGCAGGACUCCGUAUUUUAAUAAAGCAAUAUAGAAUUAAUUUCUUUUAAUUGGUUUUAAAUAAUACAUAUACAGAGACUGUAUUAUGUAUUUGGGACUGUAUUGUGUAUCUGUUUUGAAUUGAAGCUGUAAAUACUAUUAAACUACUUUUUAAAAAAGA